AUGUGUACGACGGCACGGCGGUGCCAGCCAGCCAGGCAGCCAGCUAGAGGAGACGUCGUGAUAGAUGAAGGUGCUGCGAACCGCUCGCUGGAUGGCAUCGCCAAAACUCGGCUCAGAGCGUCCAUUCGGAAGCCCAAAAUCGACCUGUCCGCUUUCUUGGUUGUCAACCCCUGGAGCGGGCUUCCGGACGACGACGACGAUCUGCCCCCCGAGCCUGCUGUCAACCUUUCCAACAAGCUCAAUCCGAACAUCCACUACGACCGAGAGCUCGCCGCGAGCCGUAAGCGGCUAUGGCGGCGGCCAAAACGGGUUGUCCCCGGUCUGGACAACUUCAGGGCUGCGCAGACCGCAGCACUCAGCGAAUGCGGUGAUGCAUUGGCCGCACAUGGGGGCUGA